AUGGAUGGAGGAAUCACAUAUGCUCCUGGGAUUGCAUUUGGAAGUAGUUCUUAUUCUCGCGUGAUUGUCAAUCAAAGGGAUGUGUGGGGUGUGUACUUGUUGGGGGGAGGGAAGGCGAGGAAGGGGAUGACAAAUGGUAUAAAUGAGAUGUUUGAGCACUCGCAGUUGGUUGAGGCUACUUGGCCAUGGGCAUACCAAGCUUUGUGCUUUUCAUCUGGUUACUUUGCAUAUGAUCAAUUGGAUAUGUUGCUUUAUGGAUUAUACAGUGGUUGGGUCCCUUCCAUCCUAGUGCAUCAUCUAAUACUGCUUGUUUGCUUUACUCUUGCACUAUACCGAAAAGUCACAAUCAACUACCUUAUUCUCACUCUCAUUUGUGAGAUUGAGACAUGCUGCAUCAUGAAGUCCCUUCUGCAGUGCCAUAAAAAGGCCUAUAUGAUUAUUUCGCUGCAUUCAAUCUUUCUGCAUGUGAGAAAAGUGCGACGGAUGGCUGGUGUUCGUGAUGCCAGGAGCAAAAUUGUGAAGGCGGAAUGGGUUCUUAAUUGGGUGACCUUUGUUUUAGCUAGGUUCACUUCUCAUAUUCUCAUCAUGAUCAAGCUUAUCCAAGAUGCUUCCAAGUUCGGGAAGGGUGUAGAGCUCCCACUUGCUCUGUUUGGAAUGGCAGGAAUGAACUUGCUUAAUGCUUUUCUUGGCAUUGAUCUUUUUCGUGCUUAUAGAAGAGAGAAAAAUCCUCAGAAAAAUCAUCAUAAUCAUCACCAAUGA